AUGUUGGUGUUACAAAUUUCUGGAUUUAAUAUUAGAAUGGUGGCAUCGCAUUGGUAUUGUAAUAGCAAGAAAAAGGAAAUUGAUCAAGAAAAUGUGAUUUUUGCAAAUUCGGAUGCUAGUGAAGCUCAACAAGGUCAAAAAAUACCUUUGAUUUCUCAACCUUUUACAGUUUUCCGUUCAAUAGCAAUAAGCAACCGAAGUGCAGCAGCCAGGCGUUCUAAAUUUGGUAAAAUUUGGGGUCUUGCACAGCAAGCUAUACAAUUGGCUGUAGAAUGUGAUGAUAAUAAUAUGAAACUAUGGUUGAAAUGCUUUAUUAAUCAAAAGAAGCAUCUUUUAAUACAAAAUGAAGAGCUUAAACAUAGUGAUGACAGCAAAGAUAGUGAAAAGGAAAAUAAUUCUGCAAUCAAAAAUCUAGCGAUUACCAAGCAUAUGAGCAGGCCUGUGACCAAAAGGUUCAAGGCUGCAACAGAAAAGCCUCAUCAUCAGCCAUAUACAUAUCGAAGCUGUGAUAAGACUGGGCACAAUAGUGCGAGAUGUCAAAAGAAA